AUGGACGCAGAAGGGCCAACCAGAGAUUUGGGGCCAUCAUCUCCAGCGGAAUUAAUUCUUCAGCAGAAGACCGGAGCUUUGCAAGGACUUGGGCAACUGGGCGGGAACGAUGGAGGGAUCCUGUCCCAACUACUUAGCAACCCUUUUUUUACAGCGGGAUUCGGUCUAGCUGGUCUAGGCACCGCCGCUGCACUCGCGCAAAGAGGCCUCAAGCAUGGCGCCGCUCUCAUCCGGCGCCGUAUGCUCGUCGAUGUCGAGAUCAAUGUCAAAGACGAUUCAUAUCCAUGGUUCUUACAUUGGAUGACCAUAUAUCAACAAUCCCAGCUCAACGGCGCUCGGUCGGUAGGAACGAAAGGUGGUGAGAAAUUGGGUAUAAUCGAAACCUUACUUCGAAAAUUCACUCCGGCGAUGCGACAGCUUUCCAUUCAGACACAGAAAGUUGAACAUGCGAACGGCGCCAUACAAACACAGUUUACAUUGAUACCGGGUCCGGGAAGGCAUGUGUUGCGAUAUAAAAAUGCUUUUGUCUUUGUGAAUCGAGUGCGAGAGUCCUCGUCACGCGACCUUCAGUCAGGCCGGCCUUGGGAAACUGUCACGCUUACAACUUUAUAUGCGCAUCGACAUAUAUUCGAGGAAAUGUUUACUGAAGCACAUGCUGUGGCUGCGAAAUCUCAUGAGGGGAAAACACGGAUAUACAACAGCUGGGGUGCGGAAUGGCAGCAAUUUGGGCAUCCCCGACGAAAGCGGCCGCUAGAGUCGGUUGUAUUAGAUGAGGGCAUUAAAGAAAGGAUUGUAGAUGAUGUGAAAGACUUUCUUGAAAGUGGCAGCUGGUAUUACGAUCGUGGAAUUCCUUACCGCCGCGGCUACCUCCUACAUGGCCCUCCCGGCAGCGGGAAGAGUUCGUUUAUUCAGGCUCUAGCAGGAGAACUUGAUUACGAUAUUGCAAUCUUGAAUUUAAGUGAGCGCGGCCUCACAGAUGACCGACUCAACCAUCUUUUGACUAUCAUACCGAAUCGGACAUUGGUUUUGCUUGAAGAUGUUGACGCUGCCUUUUCUAAUCGUCGAGUGCAGACCGAUGAAGAUGGCUACCGAGGCGCCAAUGUAACGUUUUCUGGACUUUUGAAUGCACUCGACGGAGUUGCAAGUGCAGAAGAGCGUAUCAUUUUCUUGACCACAAACUAUGUUGAUCGGCUCGACUCGGCGCUGGUUCGGCCAGGUCGCGUGGACAUGACCGUCCGGCUGGGCGAGGCCACUCGGUAUCAAGUUGCCGCAUUAUGGGAUCGGUUCUAUGGAGAAUUUGACACCGACGGCAUCUAUAAGGAGAGAUUUUUGGACCGUCUUGCCGAAUUUGGGCUCAUUGAGGACACGGAUGGCAAGAAAGCGGACAUGACCAAAACUGUCAGUACUGCUGCUCUCCAGGGCCUGUUCCUAUUCAAUAAGGGGGACAUGGAAGGCGCAAUCCGGACAGUGAAAGAGCUGGCCGAGUCCAUGUACGAUCAACAAGCAUAA